AUGAGGGAGUUCGACCUUGGUGGCAGCGGCUGCCCUAUCAGCCGUCUCUCUCUUGCCCUUUUCGCCGACGUCACCAACAGCAAGUGAGUCCGACUCUUCUCCUUCGCUUCCUUCAUGUCUGCCCAUCUACUGCUUGCCUUGAUGAAGAGCUGCUGCAAGACCCAAAUGAGCUGGGGCUUCUUCUUGUUGGAGCUUUCGAUCUUUAAUGGCAGCCACCAUCUCAUCUCCUUUUUCAGUCAUCUUUGUUGACAACAUUCGGGUCUCUUCUUGCCUCCAGGGACCUGCUGCAGGUGAUGCAGGAUGGUGCCUUGGAACCUGAGGCAGCCUUGCUCAAUGCAUCCCUCGUGGGUUUUUCUCAUCUCUUCCCCUGUCAGCUUUUUAUGUCCAAACAUGGAAAUAAUUCUUUACGAUGAGUCCUCUUGUGAGUGAAAGCAGGUGCCGGAUGUCUUCCCCGUCCUGGCAGCUGCACAGAAGGCAUUGUUGGCGAAGUCAAGGGACUCUCUGACCACACGCACCCUUCACUCAGAGCUGGUGUACAACUAUUCUGGGUCCAAACAUGUGCACACCGGCUCUCUUCUACUUCCUAUUUUUGUGGGCUCUUCCUGUCUUUAGCCCCUGACCGCCAUUUUUGGCUCACUGCUCUUCCAGAUUUCGGAGUCCUUGAAGAGGUGUGGGAUCUCGGAUAGCAGCACGUACGUCCUCGUGGCUAGAUUUGCUGCUUCUACUGAUGAUGUAGGGGAUUACAUAAGUAAAUGGUGGUUUUCCAUUAGCUGAAACUUGCUUGAUUCAUUCUUGAUGAUACCGAUAUUGGGAGGGAUCCUUCAGAUCUAAAAUGUGUUUUUGAAAAAAAUAUGGGACGAAAUAUAUAUCAAACUUAUAGAUCGAAAGGGAUGCCAAAUACUAACGGGUCAGAAGAUAUAACAAAAAAAUGAAUUGAUGGUGCUUAUUGUAGCUUUGAGGUUUGUAGACUACUGGAUCAUAUAAUUAUGAGGGAUUUUCUUCACGGUGUUAUCAUUUGCCUUUUAAGGGCAACAUACAGCAUGUUAGGUUGAUGAAAAACAUUUUGGGUAUCCUCAUAUUGCCAUAUUAAGUAAAAUCCUAAUCUAAGGAAUCAUUCAUGUGAUAUAUUUAUUUUUUCUGUUGCCUAAUGUUUUGUACACACUCUAAGCUCAUGUCAUAAGAGCUGAAUCUUCUUUUCUGUGCUCCACUUGAAUAGCCCCAUGUUAGAAAAAUAAAAAUACUAGUAAUAAGCCUGUGGUCAUUUAUAUAUGCCUGCAUCACUCGUUGCUGGGUAGGUUUGAAUUAAAUGGCGAAAUAAUCUGACAAUCUUCCUCACUGGAUUGUUGGAAGACAUCAUAUUUUGAGUUAUAUGCCGAUAAAAUUGUUUCCUUCCUCCCUAAUCUGCAGGGUUUAGCGGUUUCCUUUUUCUCUGGAAAUAUUUUGCCUCCAUCGUUUUUGCCGAAUAAAUACUUUUUAAAAUAAAGUUAUUGACAGAAGAGGAAAUGAUAUUUGCAUCAGAUGAAAUCGUUGGAGAAGCUCAUUGAUGGCACUCAAGUUGGUCUGGAGGAGUUGGGUAAGAAAGCCAACCUUGCCCAGAUUCAGAAGGUAUCACGGAAUCACUUGCUUGGUUUUAGAUUAAUUAUGUAUUAAAUCCCUACUCUCAUGUGAGCUAAUUGUGCCAUUCGUCUUUCAGCAUUACAAAAUUUCAGCCGCGGAAUUGGCGGUAUCCUCCCUUGAAGAUGCAAUUGUUUGCCGAAUUGCUGCCAGAGAUGCCUUGUGA